UCAAUCAAUAAUAACAACAACAAAGCUUAUUUCCUUGCACACUUUAUUACCUACUAUUCAAUAAUGGGUGAAAAGAAGAACUUAAAUUGUUUAAUUAUACAUCCAGACAUCGAGCCAGGUGUUAUAGACAAUGCUAUGCUUACGCGAUGUAUUUUGGAAUACGGCCCCACUGAGGAAGCUGGAAGGCUGUUUGCUGAAGAAGGAGUCCACCUAGACGAAGCUCCUGUGGUGCGCCUUGAAUUCCAAAACAUUUUAAGAAUAGACCAUCUCUGGAUGCUCACGUCUCUCACAAAACUGACUCUAGCCCAUAACUUGAUAGAAAGAAUCGAAAACCUAGAGCAGCUGACCGGCCUUAAUGAGUUAGAUUUAUCCUUCAACAAAAUAGAGAAAAUAGAAAAUCUUGAUGCGCUGGUGAACCUCGAAGUGCUGACUCUAUUCCACAAUAAAAUCAGGAAGAUGGAGAAUUUGGAUUGUCUGGAAAAAUUACUCGUAUUCAGUAUCGGCGAUAAUUUGAUUGAGGAUUAUAAAGAGAUGGCUUACAUGCGCAGAUUUCGAAAACUUCGUUCAGUGAGCUUCAAAGGAAAUCCAUGCUGUGAUGACCCAAUGGCUUAUCAGUUUCUUAAAUCAGCACUCACCAGAGUCACGUAUUUGGAUUACAAACUUGUCACCGAGGAAGAAAGGGAAUAUGGAAGGGCUUUAUUCAGAGGGCUGCUAAGAAAACUGGAUGAACAGGAUGAGAAAUCAGAAAAAGAGAGACUCGCCAAAGAAGAAUACGAGGCCAAAGUGGAAUUCUACGCCCUUUCCUUCGUCGAGUAUUUGAGUGGACCGGAGCUGUUGGAGUCAAUGUUUGAGAAAGACCCUGACGGCUCGUUGCUGCUGCAAGUGGGCGGAGAACUCAUAGGAUUUUAUGAACAAUACAAAGAACAAUAUGUAGAAACGAUGGCAGGGUUAGUGGAAUUCGCACAAGGAGCUUACACUACUAGACAAAACGAAAUCAAACUCUUCAAGGACCUUGUGGACAAUGCCCUGGAAGACAGCGUUCAGAAGAGCAAAGAUGUUGUAUCAAACUUCGAAGCAAAGAAGAAACCGUUAGUAGACCAGAUGAACGAGAUAAUCCGCAAGUUUACCUCUAAGCAGGCGACGAUAGAACAGCUCGAGCCCCAGUUGAUGGACUUGGGGGAAGCGUUUAACGACGCGUUGUACGAACUGUGGAAGAGCCUGAUGAGUAUUGAGAUGCAGCUGUAUGAAAGAUGCGAGGAGUCCCGAGUCCAGUUCUCGGUGAACAUGACCGAAAUGAUCACGAAGUUGAUGGAGGUGUCUCGUAAUGCGUUCGGCGCGUGGCGGGAGAACGAGGGCGUCUGGUCCAUGAGGCAGUUCGAGUCGCUGUCCAAGCUGCUGGGAAACAAGAUCAUGCUGGGCGAUGCGCCGCCGGAGCUCUUUGAGAUAAUGAUGGACCGCGACGCCAUGAUGAAUCUGGUGGCGCAGUCGUCGGACAACCACAUGCGCUUCAUCGACGCCCGCGAGGAUCUGCUGGUGACCCGCGCGAACAACUGGCGCGACGACCUGGUGCAGGGGGCUAACGAUAACGAAGUAAAGCGCAACCGGGACCGUAUACUGGAGAUAAACUUCUUCAUCGACAACCAAAGGGAGGAGUGGACCGAUAUGCAGAUGGGCUUGACUGAGGCAGUGGACCCUGAGACGGCGGCUUUGCUCGGCGACGACUUUUGAAUGCCUUCAUUAUUUAUUUCGUAUUUUAAAUAUAAUUUUAUACGGUCGAAA